AUGGCCGACCAAGACGUAAUGCCAAGGUCCAUUAAUGAAAAAAGUUCAGAAAAAACACCAAUAACUCAAGAACAAGUUACUUCUAAUAAUGUAGAUGGAACUACGCCGACUCAAGAUAAAGCUCAACGAAUUCAAAUUGAAUUGCCAAAGAAACAACAAAAUAUAGAAAGCACAGAGAGUUUACGCGUUGGUUUUUUAAUUGUAAACCCAGAGUCAACACAGUAUGAACCGCAGAAAUCCGAGCAAGAUAUUGAAUCCAAUAAAAAGGAUUUAGAAUUAGAACAUUUUGAGACGCGCAGUAUUGAAGAACCUAUGGAACCGUGGAAACAUGAAGGACCUUGGUACACGGAUAUUACGAAGAGGAGAUGGUUCAUUUCCAUCGUCAUUGGAUUAUUAAUUGUUAUAAUUAUCAUUGUUGUACCAGUGGUCGUAACACAUGCAACCAAUGGAUAG